UACCAGAUGAUCGACUGUUGCGAAAUGGCGUGGUGGACUCUGGCAGUUCUGCUGCUGUCUCUCUCCAUAGUCUGCUGUGCGGAAUCCAUCCAGGAGUUCACAUCCAGCACCCUCAUCAAUAACGUGGUGCAGGACCCCCUCACAGGCCGCAUCUAUGUGGGAGCCAUCAAUGCCAUCUACCAAUUGGACUCCUUGCUCAAGCAGGAGAAGAAAGUAGAGACUGGUCCCAAGAGGGACAGCCGCCACUUCACACCCCCCAUCCAGUCCUGCCACGAUGCCAAGAUGACAGACAACACCAACAAGCUGUUGCUAGUGCACCCGUCUAACGGCUCGCUCAUCGUGUGUGGAAGCCUCUUCAAGGGCAUCUGCUCCCUGCGGAAACUCGGCAGCAUUGACCACCUGAUCUACUGUAACGACAGCAAGGGUGAAAAGGCUUAUGUGGUCAGCAGUGAGGAGACGGUGUCUGUAGUAGGAGUGAUGUCAACCUUCACCAAAGAGAAUGAUACAUUUGAUGUGUUUGUCGUGGGGAAAGGCUACGGAAGCCAGGGCAACAUGAAGCUUAUCAGCACCCGCAUCCUGCAGGACUUUGGCAAUUGGGAUGUGUUUGAGGACAUUGUUGAGGCUCCUGCUGUUCAGGUCACCCCAUUUGUCAAGAAGUACAGGCACAAUUUUCGCUACUCAUUCAAGGAAAGUGGCUUCAUCUACUUCCUCUUCACCCGCACAAGAAGGGGGCUACAUAACAAAAACUAUACCUUCAUCUCCCGCCUUUGUGAGGAUGAUCACCAUUACUAUUCCUACAUGGAACUGCAGCUCAGCUGUGGCCCCAACAACAUGUACAACAAGGCACAGGCCGCCUUUGUCUCCUCCCCUGGGGAGGAACUGGCCCGAAACCUGAGCGCAUCCAGUCAGUACGGCCAAGUGCGGUCGCAGGACAAGAUUCUGUUCGUAGUGUCCAGCACCGAUGAAGACAAGCCCCGUUCGGGGCUCUGCAUGUACCCCCUGAGAUAUAUCAACCAACGAAUUAUGGAAAUCAUCAGUGCCUGCUAUACAAAAAAUGGGAAAAUUGGAAACAAAGUAGCUGUUGAUUCUCCGUACACAACCUCAACAAAUCUAUUAUGUUCAGUAUCAGUCCGUCAAGACACGCUGACAAAGUACAAAUGUAGUGCCGAUUUCCUGCCUUCACCGCUGGCCAGCACACCAGGCUUUGCGCUGGCUGCCCAAGCUGUCCACACCACCAGAGACCUGCUCAUGGCUGUCGCCGUUGCUGUGGAGGCUGAGCACACGGUGGCCUUUCUGGGAACCAGCAAUGGGAAGGUGUACCACGUACACCUGUCCAGCACACCAGAGGUGUACCGAACUGUCCCUGGACCCAGCUCUGGUGAGGCAGUGAACAAACACCUGCUAUUCGACAGAAACCACAGGCAUCUGUACGUCACCACAGGAAAAAAGAUCUCAAUGGUACCAGUGGAGGAAUGUGAUAUGAUGAAGGACUGCAAGUCUUGCAUGGACCUCAAGGAUCCCUACUGUGGCUGGUGUGCCUUGGAGGGCAGGUGCACCAGGAAGUCUGACUGCAGGAAGGCAGAAGAGGAGAAGCACUGGCUGUGGAGUCCUCAGAACCAGUGUGUGGAAAUAACAUCUUUCCAGCCACCAAAUCUGAGCUGCAAGAAGAUGCAGAAGGUUGACAUCAACGUGGCUUCUCUCCCCAGCAUUGGAGGGGAUGACAGUCUGAAAUGCAUUUUUGGCAAUUUUGAAAGUGAAGCGAAAAUGGGCGACUCAAAGGUCACUUGUGAUCUGCCGAAAGUCACCGAGAUUCUUGUCACUCCCAAAAAUAAAGAUUUUGUCCAAGUGGCCGCGAAGAUCUUUGUGAAUGACGAGGUGGAGUUGGCGUCCAGCUACUUCACCUUUUAUAACUGCAGCGCAGCCGCGAGGCAGGCGGAGAACACACCGUGCAUGUCGUGUGUGGACAGCGAGUGGAGCUGCCAGUGGAACACUCAGGAAUUCAUCUGCGAUGACAGCGAUGACUCCGUGGGUGAUCACAUUAUCAAACAUAAAGAAGGCAGAGAAUUCAAGAUUGGCACCGAGCUGAUGGUGCCCACUGAGGAAAUGGUCACUAUAAAAGAUUCAGACUACAAUUUAAAGGGAUACAAGUUUGCGUAUGACGAAGCGCGAACAGUUGACGUGCUCUUCUACAUCAAGGACAGAAAGACACAUAAGAAGAUUAACAGCAAACUAAACGUGACGCUAUACAACUGUGCAGUGGGCCGUGAGGACUGCAGCCUGUGCAAGAGUGCAGACCCCAUCUACAGUUGUGUGUGGUGCGAUAAAACCAAGUCCUGCGAGUAUCGGAAAAGGUGUCCGAGUGGUGAGCGGAGGAGGGACUGUCCCAACCCUGAAAUCACUGAUAUCAUACCUCGGUAUGGGCCUCUGAAAGGGGGGAUUUCACACACACACACACACACACACGCAUUUUCAACUCGAACCCCAGACCCACCGGAGAGCAGGACUGCUGUCCAACCCACUGUGCCGCCACACCCCCCUGGGGGGAUUUCAGUGACCGUCAAAGGCUCCAACCUGGGUAUCGUGAAAGAGGACAUAGAGAGCAUCAGAGUGGCCGGAGGGCCCUGCGUGCACCAGGAAGAGAAGUACUCCGUGUCCACCAGUGGGGGCCGGAUAAUUUUUAUCGUCGGCACCGGGCUUGACCUCGUCCAGAACGCUGCCGUGAAAGUGAUGCCCUCCAGCGAGCAGUCAGGCGUCACCAGUCCACUGAAGUCUGAAGUGGAGGUAAAAGGCGAAAAUGACACAGUAAUGCAGUUCUCCUCCCCGACGGUGAACGUGACCGAUGGGAUAGCGUCUCUCAGGACCUACAUCGUCAUGGACAACAUUGAGCUUGAGCUCAAGCCUUUUGACUACCACCCGGAUCCUACGUUUGAAGAGAACCAGAAAAGGAUUGUUUCAGAGAACAGCAUCAUAUCUGUAACUGGUAAAGGUUUCGCCAAAGCAAUGACAGCCCAAGAAGCAGAAGCCUUUGUGGGAGACGUCUCUUGUGGGGUCAGCAUCUUACAGAAUGACAUGCUCUUCUUGGACUGGACCCAACCAACAUCUUGCUUCAAGAGGCCCAAGAGAGACACAAAGGCAGAUUUGCUGGAACUUAAGUUCGGCCAUGGGCAGCGGAUUGUAGGCUCAGUGGAGUAUGAGAGCAAGACUGAGGCAUCCUGGACAUCUCCCCUGGCCAUCAUAAUUCCUGCAGUGAUUGCCCCGAUGGUGGGGAUAAUCAUAGCCUCAGUGUCCCGCUACAGGAGGAGGAGCCAGCGAGCUGAGAGAGGAUAUGAGAAACUAAGGCAGCAGCUCGAGAACCUGGAGGGGAGGGUUCGUGACCACUGCAAGAAGGAGUUCACAGAGCUCAUGAUUGAAAUGGAGGACCACACCGGUGACCUCAGUGAACCCUGUAUCCCCUUCCUGGACUACAAGACCUACACAGACCGCGUUUUCUUCCUGCCUUUCAAUGACAGCGCCAAUGACGUGAUGAUCACUGGCAAGAUGGACAUUCCUGAGGCGAGGAGGGCCACAGUGAUGCAGGCCCUCAACCAGUUCCUCAACCUGCUGAAUAGCAAGCCUUUCCUUCUCAGUUUCAUCCGCACCUUAGAGGGGCAUCCUGACUUCAAUGCCCGGUCAAAGGGCUACUUUGCCUCCCUGCUGACGGUGGCGCUUCACAGCAAGUUGGACUACUACACAGACAUCAUGAGGACACUCCUGUUAGAACUCAUGGAACAAUAUGCCCGGAGCAAGAACCCCAAGCUCAUGCUGCACAGGUCAGAGACGGUGGUGGGGAAAAUGCUGUGCAACUGGAUGUCUAUCUGUCUCUAUCAGUUCUUGAAGGACUCGGCAGGAGAGCCUUUGUACAAGCUGUUCAAAGCCGUCAAACACCAAGUGGAGAAAGGCCCAGUGGAUGCUGUCAUGAAAAAGGCCAAGUACACGCUGAAUGACACUGACCUGCUGGGGGACGACGUGGAGUACUGUACGCUGACUCUGCAGGUCCUUGUUCACGGGGAGGAGCCAGGUGUCACUUUGGUCAAGGUAGUCAACUGUGACACCAUCUCCCAAGUGAAGGAGAAGAUCCUUGAGCAAGUGUAUAAAAAUGUGCCCUAUUCUCAGAGGCCCAAGGUGGAAAGCGUCACUCUCAAAUCUGCUGGGCGGAUUCUGUCGGACCUUGACUUGACAUCGCAAAAGGAGGGCAGAUGGAAGCGCAUGAACACUUUGGCCCACUAUAGCGUGCGAGACAACGCCACUCUCGUCCUGUCUAGGGUCCUGCAUCCUCUGCAGUCUUAUGACCAGCACCAGGACAGUCAUGAAGAGAGAAAUGCUCUGCGUGAAGACGACAAGGUGUUCCACCUGGUGCGGCCAGCAGAGGAGGUGGAUGAGGUCAAAUCCAAGAGGGGCAACAUGAAGGACAAGUCAAUGACCAAAGCCAUCACAGAGCUUUAUUUGAUGCGGUUGCUGUCUGUCAAGGGCACUCUGCAACGGUUUGUGGACGACUUCUUCCGCAGUGUCCUCUGUUCAUCCGUUGGGCCCCCAGCAGUCAAGUACUCUUUUGACUUCCUGGACGAACAGGCACAGAAGCACGACAACGUGGAUGACCAGACCAUUGACAUGUGGAAGACCAGCAGCUUGCCUUUGAGGUUCUGGGUGAACAUCCUGAGGAACCCCCACUUCAUCUUCGACGUUCAUGUGAACGAAGUGGUGGACGCCUCCUUGUUUGUUAUUGCCCAGACCUUCAUGGACGCCUGCACCAAGAGCGAGCACAAGUUGAGCCGGGAUUCCCCGAAUCACAAAUUACUCUAUGCAAAGGAAAUCUCCACAUACAAGAAGAUGGUGGAGGAUUACUACAAGGGCAUCAGGGAGAUGGUGCCCGUCAGCAACCAGCAUAUGAACACCCACUUAGCGAAGGUGUCACGGUCUCACACAGGCAAACUCAGCACCCAGGUGGCUCUGCAUCAGCUAUACCAGUAUGCAGACAAGUACUAUGAUGUGAUCAUCACCUCCUUAGACGAGGACCCUGCAGCCCAGAAUAAACAGCUCGCCUUGAAACUGCAGCAGAUAGUGGCUGUACUGGAGAACAAAGUGACAGACCCCUAACCUCUGUAGGAGGGCAGGGGCCGGUUUUGGUACUAUGGGGCUAGAAGUUAAUGUGGGGUUUACGUCAUAUGGCCUGAGUCCUGAGUGGAAUGGCGAAGAAGUGGGGUAGGGAAAAAAAUGGGGCUGUUCCGAGAAACCCUCCCCCCAUUUUAAGUGACCAUUUGGGGUGUCUGAAACGGUGUCGCAAGUCCCUGACGGUUCUCAAAGUCGGUCCCCUUCCCUGUGCUGGUCCAGAUCAUACGACACAUGCCAAGGGGCUGAGGGAUCUGCGGGAGACACCACACCAGACGUUCUCAACGAUGAGACACGUGACCAUUGCAGCCCGGCCUUUGAAAUAAACCCUUCCUUAAUUGCAGGCUUUAUCUGUUCAGU